UGUACAUGCAGCAGCGGACCCAGGGCCAAAAUGGUACAUGUCCUUGCUCAGCACCGUUCUUCUACCAUGUUGCUUAUGUUUGUUACCACGUUUCACAAACGUGUUGAGAACUCCGAGGCACAGGUGUCCGAUCUGUUCUCGUGUUAUCCUCGUUGGCAGAACUUCGCCGUACGUAGCCCAGAGGCAGAAUCACCCCUAGAACUACCCUAAUGCAAACGUACAAUUGGACUGCACACCAACUUGAUCAUCUUUAGCAGGUUACGUAUACCAUCAGUUUCUGAAUCUGACACAUAUUCCAAGCAUUUGUUAUCGUUGAUCUCAUCAAACAGACUUUUUUUUCAAAAUUUUAUAUAGUUUCGCGUACAUCCGUUCAGCAUGGUAUCGUCCUGUCCAGAUAAUAGACUUGUUAAAAUUCAACUUUCAAUUCUGGAAGGCUAGAAAUGAGUCGAUCAAAUACUUGUAUUAAAAAUGGGAAUACUCCUGAAAUUCAUGCCCUCGUCCUACCGACCAAUUGUGGUAGUUUGCCCUGUUUGUGAGGAGAAAAUCAUGACUAUUGUUACGUAUGGGUCAUCCUCGUUCACCUAUAUCAUGAGCAGGCUUCUGUGUCCAUUUUGGUUAUUACCUUCUUACGUUCUAAUAACCGUUCCCUCGUUCCAAGCCUUUAAUUUGAUCUCUUUUUCUCAUAAUCGCCUAACUCUAUGCCAAUCUUUACACCUUUUCACAGUUUGUGUUUCAUCCCGCAUUUCACCGUGCUCGGCAAAAAUCCGAUACACAAGUGCCCUCUUUGCCUGAUGACAAUCCCACCUGAGAUACUGACGGGUUCCGAUUGCAACAAAUUUUUGAGGCACAGGAAAUGUUACAGGACAAUUGCCUCGACUAAACUCCAUCAUCUAGCUGUUCGCAAAGUUCCUCCUGCAAACCACAAUACCUGCAUUCGGCAAUGAAUUGAAACCCGUAUAAAUACUUAUGGAGGCCAAUCAGGAACCCAGCGCCUCUAACAAUGGCUCCGCGAUUACCCAAGACUGCAACGAAUUCUGUAACGCUGAAGCAACGGGUUCAACGUCCACGCCUCCGACAAGUCGCAACUUCGAUGCGGUGCAAAAAGUUCCUGAAUCGUUAGAAGCGGUAAUCAAGUACCCUAUGAAUCCUUCGCCAGGAACUUUCAAGCACACUGUACGCGGCACGCAGACACCAUUGACGUUGAUAGGGGUUACGAUGUCCAAAUCUAACGAGGAGAAUCAAAAACCCCCGUUAGAAGUACCGGAAAUAUUGGAAGCUGAAAUUCCUUCCAGAACGAUAGAAGGUCCCGAACCUUCCACAAGUGUAGUUAAAUCUGUAUUCUCGCAGUUUAGAGUCGAGGCGGUGACUGUGAAGUUCAGCCACGAAGCCGCCACGCAGGCGACGCCCCCGCACCCCUCUUUGACAUCGACCAGGUCCUCGACGCUCCCUAUGAAUGUCAUGCAGAUCGCUACCUCUGUCUCUUCCAACCGCUCUGGACCAAAAAGUGAAGUAUUGACCGUGACCACUGACUAUGGCACUCGGACUCCGGAUGCCAGAAGUCUGCUGCUGGACGUCAUUGAGCAGGAACAUCCCAUUCGCUACAUCAAUGUUGAACCGAGUACUUCGGCAAUUGCCGUGACAAGUUCGUCUCCUGUGACGACACCCGGCUUACCAAAUUUUACAAUGUCACCACCUUCAAUUAACAGCCAAAGAAGCUUGCUGAAUUUACAACGAAGGAGGCCAGAGAAUCGAUGGAGCUGUGGAAAUUGCUUCCGACGAAACAUCCCUCAGGGAGAAGAGGUAUGGAGUAGAUGGAAUUAAAACGAGACUCGGGAGUAUUCCUUGUUAUUGUUUCUUCUUUUCUUCUUUUCCUCGUUCCUCAUCCCGCAGCCGGAUCUGAUACCCUACACCAUGGGACCACCACCAACGUAUUCGGGAAUAUUUAGAGAGCAGAGAUCGCUCUACACCGAAUCAAGCAUCCCACUACCACCAAGACUCUCCAACGACACGGUCACCUCAUUCGUAGCACCAAUACCUCCGCCUAGUUAUGCCCAAGCCCAAGGUCUCUGCGUGUCUCCGUAUUCGAUGGAACAGAUUAUUUCAGUGACUCGUAAUACACCACAUUAAUCUUCUCAUUUUCUCAUCACAUAUAUUCGUAAAGCUUCAGGAACGUCAGACUCGUUGGAAUCCG